CAGAAGUAGAUAGAUUCCUCUCUGUGUUUUCUACUUUUCUUCCAACCAUGAUUUUUUCAAGGAUUGGGCGCUCACUCUCGCGCUCUUCACGCGCCAAAGAUUAUUUGCGCGGCGAUGCGAAAUUGGGAACCCUUCUCGGAGCUACGCGGACGAAUGUGCAUUCGGAAGGAAUGGAGCUGGGAUUAGGGUUUUUUAGGGGAUAUGUUGCUCAUGCUAGAGCUCGUGGAAACGGAAUCCUUUCCAGUUUGCCUGAUUUUAAGUGUGUUGCGGCAAACCCUAAGAUUCAUUACCGGUUGUUUUCCAGCGAAGGACCUAAGAAGAAGACAGAUUAUGAGAACUUCUAUCCCAAGGAGAAGAAGGAAAUUCCAAAGGGGGAGGAUAAAAAGCAUGAGUCUAAAGAAGAGUCAGAGACAAACACAGAUGAUCAUGGAAGUUUUCAAGAGACUUUCAUGAAGCAAGUUCAAAAUUUUAUCACUCCUUUAUUGGUGAUGGGGCUAUUUCUUGGAUCAUUUAAUUUUGGUCCUCGUGAACAGCAACAGAUUAGCUUUCAGGAGUUUAAAAAUAAGCUUUUGGAGCCAGGAUUAGUAGACCAUAUUGUUGUGUCGAAUAAGUCGGUUGCCAAAAUAUACGUGAGGAAUACUCCUCGUAACCAAACGGAGAGUGAAGUUAUCCAGGGAACCCUCCCCGCAAAGGGAACUGGUGGGCAAUAUAAAUAUUAUUUCAAUAUUGGAAGUGUGGAAUCUUUUGAGGAGAAGUUAGAAGAAGCGCAAGAAGCACUAGGCAUUGACCCCCAUGAUUAUGUUCCUGUUACAUAUUCUUCUGAAAUGGUUUGGUACCAGGAAUUGAUGAGGUUUGCUCCAACACUGUUGCUUUUGGGAUCCCUCUUCUAUAUGGGAAGGAGAAUGCAAGGUGGACUUGGUGUUGGCGGCGGCGGCGGUAAUAAGGGUGCUCGUGGAAUAUUUAACAUUGGGAAAGCCCAUGUUACUAAAGUAGACAAGAAUGCGAAAAAUAAGGUUUUCUUUAAAGAUGUUGCUGGUUGCGAUGAGGCAAAGCAAGAAAUUAUGGAGUUUGUCCACUUCCUUAAGAACCCAAAGAAAUAUGAAGAACUAGGGGCAAAAAUCCCCAAGGGUGCUCUCCUGGUUGGUCCUCCUGGCACAGGAAAAACCCUUUUAGCAAAAGCAACAGCAGGGGAAUCUGGUGUUCCAUUUCUUUCGAUAUCUGGUUCAGAUUUUAUGGAGAUGUUUGUUGGUGUUGGACCAUCUAGGGUAAGAAACUUGUUUCAGGAAGCAAGGCAGUGUGCCCCUAGUAUUAUAUUUAUUGACGAGAUUGAUGCAAUUGGUCGAGCAAGGGGACGUGGAGGUUUCUCUGGUGCAAAUGAUGAACGUGAAAGUACAUUAAAUCAGUUACUGGUGGAGAUGGAUGGUUUUGGAACCACUGCUGGGGUGGUUGUACUUGCUGGAACAAAUAGACCUGAUAUCUUGGACAAAGCUCUACUUAGGCCAGGGAGAUUUGACCGCCAGAUAAGCAUUGAUAAGCCUGAUAUUAAGGGUCGUGACCAGAUAUUUCAGAUCUACUUGAAAAAGAUCAAACUUGACCACGAGCCUUCAUUUUAUUCACAAAGGCUUGCAGCCCUUACACCAGGAUUUGCGGGAGCAGACAUUGCUAAUGUUUGCAAUGAAGCUGCGCUAAUUGCUGCAAGGGGUGAGGAAACACAAGUGACAAUGCAACAUUUUGAAGCAGCUAUUGAUAGGAUCAUUGGUGGUUUGGAGAAGAAGAACAGGGUGAUAAGCAAGCUGGAAAGACGUACUGUAGCUUACCAUGAAUCGGGUCAUGCUGUUGCAGGCUGGUUCUUGGAACAUGCCGAACCUUUGUUGAAAGUUACUAUAGUUCCUCGUGGCACAGCAGCUCUUGGGUUUGCACAGUAUGUUCCAAAUGAGAACCUUCUCAUGACAAAGGAGCAGCUUUUUGAUAUGACUUGUAUGACACUAGGGGGUCGAGCUGCUGAGCAGAUUCUCGUCGGAAGAAUCUCAACUGGUGCGCAAAAUGACUUGGAAAAAGUGACCAAGAUGACAUAUGCCCAAGUAGCAAUCUAUGGUUUUAGCGACAAAGUUGGCCUCCUCUCACCAAUUAUGAUAGGUUCAAGCAAGGUUUUCAAGAGGUAGAGGAGAAGGUUGUAGAGAGAAGCACAGUAGAGAACCCUGAGGAUAGUGGUGGUUCUUCACCCUUAGAGCCCCAGGUUGUUCCCACAUAGUUGAACUAGUUUCUGUCUGUUAUUUGUACAUGAGUUUGUUGUUUUUCCAUUUCCUGGUAUGAUAAGGACAUGACCUUUUAUGAUAACUGCAACAAGGAAAAAUAAUUCGUCCCCGAUUUUUCUUUAAUGGUAUAUACUGACUUAAUAAAACUUAA